AUGGUAGCAGCAGUUACCAAAGGGUUCGGACGUCACAACUACUACUUGACCGCAAAAGACAAAGUCAACAUCUUUCGUUGCCUCUUCUUAAUCCUAUGGGUUGCAAUUGUUUUUCAGUUGGGAGCAGCGUUUGGGUCAAAUAUCUGUCAAUUCAUCCGGUGUCGUCCAUUGCAUGCCAUGUGGGAUGUUGUCCCCCACGCCAGGUGCUGGGAUCCAAUUGAGUCAUGGAUAUAUGGUUAUAAGUUAACAGGAAUUAGCAUAGGCAGCGAUCUGACCUUUGCUAUUAUGCCGAUGUUCUUCGUCUGGAAGUUGAAUCGACCGUUGCUUGAGCGGAUCCUCAUAACUGUUUUGAUGGCACUUGGUCUUUUUGCAACUGGUGCCGCAGUACUCAAACUCUACUACUUGCGGGCGUAUAAUUUGACUAUCAACGAUUCCUUAAGGAUAAUGGUGGUUCUUUUCAUAUGGUGUCGGAUUGAGGAGUUCGUUCUCAUAGCAUCUGCUUGCGCUCCCUUUUUGAAGUCCCCGGUUGAG